AUGACUUGAUUUGUUGUGGAAUUGAUUACUCUUCACCUAAUCCUCCCAUUCCAUGGCUACGAACUUUCUGUUGCUGUCGAAAUUCUCUGUCCUGGGUGUUCUCCUUGCUCUGGCUACAACCCAUCCCACCUCAUGCUCAUGUCACUACACUUCGAUCUUCAGCUUCGGCGAUUCGCUCAUCGACACCGGAAAUCUACUCCGUUUACAACACAAUAAUGCAUCGUUCGAGUGCUGGUUCCCUUACGGAAUUACUUACUUCCAUCAUCCCACUGGGAGAUGCUCCGACGGCCGCCUGAUCAUUGAUUUCAUCGCUGAGUAUCUAGGACUCCCGUUCGUACCUCCAUAUCUGUCAAGAGGGAGCGGUGGCCAAGAUUUCCGGCAUGGAGUGAAUUUUGCGGUGGGAGGAGCUACAGCCUUGGACUAUAACUUCAAUGAACAUGGGGGAACCCACGAUUCCCGUAUCAACAACUCUCUGGCAAUCCAGCUCAGAUGGUUCAAAGAGCUCUUGCCUUCUCUUUGUGAUUCAGAUUCAAAGUGCAGAGAUUUGUUCAGUAGAUCUCUGUUUAUUGUGGGAGAGAUCGGGGGAAAUGACUAUAGCCUUGCUUUGAACCGGGGAAGAAGCUUGGAGGAGAUCAAAUCCCUUGUUCCAAGAGUCAUCAACAACAUCUCGUCUGCAAUCCAGAUGUUUAUCCAAGAAAAUGGAGCAGUUACGCUCCUGGUUCCUGGACACCUCCCAUACGGUUGUUUCCCGGUAUUUCUGACGGAUUUCAAAAGCCCGAAUGAGGAGGACUACGAAUCUGAAACGGGGUGCCUGAGAUGGUUGAACCAACUUUCAGAAUUCAACAACCAUUUGCUACAAGAAGAGAUCCAUAGGCUGCGACACCUACAUCCCCAUGUCACCAUCAUCUACGCAGAUCUCUACAAUGCUGUCAAGGCCAUUUUCCGCUCUCCUGACAAAUUUGGAUUUCGAAAAGGAGCUCUUCUUCUGACUUGUUGUGGAGGUGAAGGUCCAUAUAACUACAACAAGUCAGUCCACUGUGGGGUUCGGGGUGCCAAAGUUUGCCAAGACCCAUCACAGUAUGGUAGUUGGGAUGGCACCCAUAUGACAGAAGCGGUCUAUAGGGUCAUUGCCACCGGUUUAAUGGAAGGACCAUAUGCCAUCCCUCCCUUUAACCUAUCCCAUCUAUUACCACUACUGCAGAAUGCUGCUCAUGUUUCCUAUUAAUUUUCACGAAUAUUUGAUUGAUGAUCUUGUUUCCUUGUCAUUAUUAGCAAAAGUUAAGAGUUAAAACCCAUAUUUAAUUUGUAGACUUGUAGCACAUCGACCAUGGUCAAGUAACAAAAUACCAGUAACAGUGUUUUUUUGUCUUUUUUUGAAACCCAUAUUUAUAGCUAUUACUUUUUUGUUCCUUA